AUGAACGCCUCUUCUUCGUCCUCGCCGUGGGCGCCGCUGGGCAACCAGACGGAGGCGGCGGGCCUGCUGUGGGCCAACAGCAGUGAGGCGCUGGGCCGGGCGCUGCGCUCCUCCUUCACGCCGCGCUCCGUGGUGAGCGACGACGGCUUCGUGGUGGCCGCGCCGGACGAGCGGAGCCUGUACAUCAUGCGCGUCGUGCAGAUCGCCGUCAUGUGCGUCCUCUCGCUCACCGUCGUCUUCGGCAUCUUCUUCCUCGGCUGCAACCUCCUCAUCAAGUCCGAGGGCAUGAUCAACUUCCUGGUCAAGGACCGGCGGCCCUCCAAGGAGGUGGAGGCCGUGGUGGUGGGGCCUUACUGA